AUGUUCUCUCAGAGCUUUUUCCGACGAACCCUGGACCGAGAGGAAACCACCGAGUUCUCCGUACCCUUCAAGAUGAAGAAGCUAGGCGAAGUGCGCCUUGAGUCAGUGUUUGCUAUCGACGAGAACGGCCAGCAGAGCAAUUUCGAUAUGAGCGACAUCAUUUUGAAGAAGCAUUCCGUCGUUUUCAAAAAGAACUCACUCGCAGAUCUUCGAGCGGUCAGCGUCGAGUUGGUGUCCGAGGGAGAAAAAGCGCUGGUGAUGCUUUCUCUAACUUCUUCGGCAGAGUUCAUAGAAAAUCGCCGAAAGGAAUCUGCACGACCAGCGUUUCCACGGCCGUGGAGCAAGGGAACACCGACUAUUGAGCUGAACAUCCCGGAAGAGCUACCCGAAGGGCACGUGAUCUACACUUUGCCUGCUGUUAACCCCCUUGAUGGCUCAGUUGUUCCGACCACGAUGGAGGGCGACAUGAAAGAGGCGUUUGAGCUGGACCCUACAACAGGAGCGAUUUCCAUUUCCCAUCGCCUUGACGUGGACACCAUGACUCCUUCCGAUCGCACUUUUUCGCUGAAAUUUACAGCCGGCUCAAACGGUUAUGAGUCGGUUGCGGAGCUGAGGAUCACUGUUGUGAACAUGGACGACAACGCACCCAUAAUUGAGAAAGAGGGUCUUAAUAAUGAGGUGAACGGAUCAUUAAUAGUGGCAGUCGCUGAAAAUGGGACACUCGAUCGUGAAAUGAUGGAGAGGCAUACGAUACACUUGACUGUUCAAGAUGGGGGAGGAAAUCAGGAUUCCGCUACACUUCACGUCGUGCUUCUGGACGUCAAUGACAAUGCUCCUCGCUUCUUACAAGAUCAGUACGCCAUGCAAGUGGUCGACAACUGGCCCACAGGCAUAGUCGUCGACCGCCUGAAGGCUACAGACAUCGACGCUGGGAAAAACGCUCGCGUCAUUUAUUCGCUUGCGUCAGGAAGUUCGAAAUGUGAGUUGCCAGAAGAAAUUUUGUGCGGCAGCGCUGAGCCGGAAUCAUAA